AUGAUAGCAAUUGCAGGCACAAUUUUACGAACACCGUGGAGUUCUUUUCUAUUCUUUCCUACCUCACAAAUUAUUUUCUCUUUUUUUCGGAGAGGCCUUUCCCUCACAUUUUUUCACCUGUGUUUUAUCGACUCUCCCCCCACCUUUUUUAAAAAAAUACGUACGCCUUAUUUUCCUAUUAUUUAUACUUCUUUCUUUUUCUUCUUCCUCUUCUUCUUCCUCUUUUUCUUCUUUCUUCUUAUUCUUCUUUUUCUUCUUCUUCUACUUCCACUUCUUCCUCUUUUUUUCUUAUUCUUCUUUUUCUUCCUCUUCUUCGUCCUCUUUUCUUAUUUUUUCUUCAUCUUUUUUCUUUUUCUUCCUCUUCUUCUUCUCCUUUUUCUUCUUCAUCUUUAUCUCGUUCUCCAUCUCAUCCUUCUUCUUUUGUUCUUACUCCUAUUAAUCCUCCGUCUCUCUUCUUCUUUUUUUUACAUUUUCUUCUUCUUCUUCUUCUUCUUCUUCUUCUUCUUCUUCUUCUUCUUCUUCUGCUGCUGCUGCUGCUGCUGCUGCAGUGCACUUUCUUCCUUUUUCCUCCUUAACUUCCGUUUUCCCUCGUUUCCUGUUUUCAACUUUUCUUUCUUUUCCUCCUUCUCAGUAUUCCAUCUAUUUUCUCCUCCCCUCCACCCCUACCUCUUUAAAAAUGUUUCAUGUCUUCUCCCAUUUUCGCCGCUCCCUUCCUCAAUCCACUUCUUCUUUCGUUCCGCUUUAACCCUCCCCUUUUUCCUUCUCUUCUCCCUUAUCAGCUUUCCCUUUCUCCUCACGCUCUCUCUUUUGUGUUUCUCUUUCUCUUUCUCUUUCUCUCCCCCUUGUUUCUUUAAACCAUUACUUUACUCUUCAUCCCCCUUCCCCUUGGAAUUAUUUAAAAUUUAA